AUGUUAAACAUUACGCCGCUGCCAACGCAUGUGGACGUCUACUUCUCUACAUCUAAUUGUAAAGUCGCCCUCAUCCCUGGCGGUGUUCAUGCUCAUUGUCAGGCCUGUAUGGAGGACGAUCCUCAACGCUCUCGUGUUAUAAGAAGAGACCUGCCGACAGCCACCAACGUCAAGCAGGGAGCAGAACUUCACUGCUUGAAGGGCGCUAAUAUUAAGGAAGAAGCGAAGAAACUGGGACUGGCCGAAAAUUACAUCCGGGCUCCCCAUUGUAAGGACGAUAUCGUGCGAAUUGUGGAUGACAUGGCAAGCGAGGAGGAAGGAAAAGCCAUCUUGGAGAAGUACAAAGACGUGCCGCUCGUGGAAUUCGCCCACCUACGAAAUUCGCGACAGAAUUGUAUCCUAGGAGGAAAAAUUGAAGAUUAUGAAAAAGAAAUAGUUCAUCACAACAGCGGAAUGUCGAUAAUCAAGACGUUCAGCGCCAGAGAGAAGAAUAACCCGGUCCAAUCUGUUAUUAAUGGCAAAGUAGGUGAGAAUUUGAUGACUAUCAUCGACGCCAAUGGGAAUGAAGAGCCCCAAAAUAGCGAUUGCCUGGAUUUCUACAUUGUGCAUUGCUGGAUCUCUGAUAUGGAAAUGUUGGUGUUGGUUCAGGGCGACGGCUUUGUCCGUGUAGAUGACGUUAAUGGAUGUCUUGUGGAAAUCAAAUGCUUGAAGAAAAAGGAUAGGCCGAAGGCAGAAAACGACAAAGCCUGGAUGCGUCGAAAAUUGGCAUCAUACGCUUUUCCUUUUUUGCGGCUGAAAAUCGUUUGGCGCAGCGGCGAUAUCGGAGAGAGAUUUAUAUUUCCUUGUCAUUUUCCAACGUUGUGUGGAGGUUGCGGCGGUUACAAAUGGCUGGUCGAGCUCCGCUGGACGAUGCGUUGUAAUGACAUGACACUGACGUUAAAAUCUCGGUCAUCGGUCGUCUACCGGCCAAUGCAUCUAACGAAAUCACAGCAACGG